GUGACCGCUAAGACAGAACGAAUACGUCACACCAAUUGUAAUUGACUUCGAUAGCUCCCCGAUCCUUGCAAACGGCUUUCCAUGGAUGCAACGCGUAUAAACUCGCCGCAAGUAAUUGGCAGUCCUUUCCUCGAACCCGCGACCUCUAGAAUGUUGUCACCUAGCUUUUUGUCACAUGCUUUUUCAUCAUGUCUAUUUAAAUCAUCUAAAUUGUUAGAUAUGCAGCGGUACGGUCAAUUCUUAUAUUGCUGUUAGAAGUUUUGUUGCAGUACUUGUGCAAGCCAGUUGUCCUCUGCUCAGUGCUGCAGAAGAUAUGGAAAAUCAUCAAAGUAUUGAAUUGAGAAAAGGGUUUGGGCUUUUUCGCCAGCAAUUCGCGGAGUUGAUGAAGAAAAAUGCACUUCUUUCGUGGCGGAAUAAGCCUGCUUUGUUUCUUCAGCUGUUUUCGUCUUUCUUUUUUGUCUUUCUUGUAUUCUGCUCGCAGGAAGCUAUUAAGUCUCGUUUUAAGGACUCAACUUCAUUUAAAAAUGUUUUUGACCCUGAGAAUAAGGUAGUUGAGGGAAUCCCUAAGUGCGAGGAUGGAUAUUUCAUCAAAACUCCUUGCUAUGAUUUUCUGUGGAGCGGAAGUAAUAGCUCAGUUAUCAGUGAAAUAGUUACCAAUAUCAUGGCCCGCAACCCUGAAAGGCCCAUUCCUUCGUCUAAGGUCAAAGGAUUUGUAAGUCCAGCAGAAGUAGACCAAUGGUUGGAAGCUAAUCCAAUGUACUGCCCAGGAGCUCUUCAUUUCCAUCAAAAAAAUUCAACUGUGAUUAGCUAUGGAAUUCAAACUAAUUCUACAGCUAAGCAAAAGCGUGGGUAUUCCGAGGAACCCACAUUGAAAUUCCAGAUUCCUUUACAAGUGGCUGCUGAACGAGAGAUUGCUCGGUAUUUGAUAGGAGAAUCAAGUUUCAGCUGGACUGUGGGACUUAAGGAAUUUGCACAUCCAGCCACUGAAUCUUUCUCUACUGUUGGAUCCAUUGGGCCUACGUUUUUCCUUGCAGCUGCAUUGUUUGGGUUUGUCAUCCAAUUGGGUUCUAUUCUUGCUGAAAAGGAGCUGAAACUUCGUCAGGCAAUGUCUAUAAUGGGACUCUAUGAUUCAGUAUAUUGGUUGACGUGGCUGACAUGGGAGGGUUUACUUACACUUCUGUCUGCGAUUCUGUUGAUCAUCUUUGGCAUGAUUUUCCAGUUCUACUUUUUCCUUAAUAAUAGCUUUGAAAUCUUGUUCCUCAUGUUCUUUCUGUUUCAAUUCAAUAUGAUUGGAUUUGCCUUCAUGUUAUCUACCUUUAUAAGCAAAUCCUCAUCUGCAACCUCUGUUGGAUUCUCUGUCUACAUAAUUGGGUUCAUAACUCAGCUUGUAACAACUUUUGGGUUUCCAUAUUCAAACACCUAUUCUAAGAACCUCCGCACUAUCUGGUCCAUAUUCCCUCCAAAUCUAUUUUCCAAAGGCCUUGCGUUGCUGGGAGAUGCAACAUCCACAAAACAAGAUGAAGGAAUCAGUUGGUCCAGUAGAUCAAAGUGCCCUUCUAUAGAUGAUGAAUGUGUUAUCACAGUGGAUGACAUUUUUAAAUGGCUCACAGCAACAUUCUUUGUGUGGUUCAUCUUAGCCAUUUACUUUGACAAUGUGCUCCCAGAUGUUAAUGGUGUGCGGAAAUCUUGGUUUUACUUCAUAAAUCCAUCAUACUGGACUGGAAAAGGAAGCAAUCGAGUAGAAGGUGGUGGUUUCUGUAGCUGUACAGGGUCCAUCCCACCAUUAUCUGAAAGUAGUCCUGAUGAUGAAGACGUUGCAGAAGAGGAAUCAGUAGUCAAACGUCAAGCAACUGAGAAUACAUCAGAUCCAAGUGUAGCUGUCCAAGUCCGUGGUCUAGUUAAGACAUUCCCUGGUAUCCGAAAUAUGAGUGGUUGCUUCAAAUGCAAAAAAGUGGCUCCAUAUCAUGCUGUAAAGGGUCUAUGGAUAAAUUUUGAGAAAGACAAGCUGUUUUGCCUCCUUGGACCAAAUGGAGCUGGCAAAACAACCACAAUAAACUGUCUGACUGGAAUCACUCCAAUAACAGCCGGUGAUGCUCUAUGCUAUGGCUAUUCCAUAAAGACCACAACUGGAAUGUCCCAAAUUCGAAAUCUUAUGGGAGUCUGUCCUCAGUUUGACAUUCUAUGGGAUGCUCUAUCAGCACAAGAGCAUUUAUAUCUGUUUGCUAGCAUCAAGGGAAUGCCAAGAUCUGCCAUCAAAUCUGAUGCAGAAAACUUAUUAUCAAAAGUGAAACUAUCAGAGGCAGCAGGUCUUCAGGUUGGCUCCUACAGUGGAGGAAUGAAGCGCCGUCUUAGUGUGGCUAUAGCCCUUGUUGGGGAUCCUAAACUGGUGUUCUUAGAUGAGCCGACAACUGGCAUGGAUCCCAUUACAAGAAGACAUGUAUGGGACAUUAUUGAGGAUGCUAAGAAAGGGCGGGCCAUAAUUUUGACAACUCAUUCAAUGGAAGAGGCUGAUAUAUUGAGUGAUCGUAUAGCCAUCAUGGCUAGAGGGAAGCUACGAUGCAUUGGCACUUCAGUUCGAUUGAAGUCCCGUUUUGGGGCUGGCUACAUUGUACAUGUGAGCUUGCAUGAAGAAAGUAAAAAUAACUUGCAAAAUGUAAACAAUUCCUUGCAGGGAAAGGGUAACGGGCCUCAAUAUGAAAAGUUGAAGCACUUCUUUAAAGAGAGAUUGAAUAUAGAACCAAAGGAAGAGAAUAAGGCCUAUAUAACAUUUAUCAUUCCUCGUGAAAAAGAAGAACAAUUGACGGAUUUCUUUGCAGAACUGGAAAAUAGAGAGGAAGAGCUAGGGAUUUCUGACAUUCAACUGAGUCUUGCAACUUUGGAGGAAGUAUUUUUGAAUAUUGCUAUGCAGGCAGAGAUUGAAGCUGCAGCUGCAGAAAGCCGCUUUGCUACACUGAACUUACUUUCUGGUUCAUCAAUUCAGGUUCCAAUUGGUGCAAGAUUUGUAGUGAUUCCUGGAACAGAGUCACCAACAAAUCCUGGUGGGUUGAUGGUGGAAGUAUACUGGCAACAAGAUGACACAUGUGCCCUUUGUAUUUCUGGCUACUCCGAUGAAAUGCCAGUACCACAGGAUCUUGCAAAUGCAGAAAUCUUGACAUCAUCUCUGAGAAACAGAUCAAGAAGGUCCUUUGGAAGGUUAUCUUUUCGCAACCCAGUACCUAUAGGGUUGGUUAUUGACGCAGACAAGUCUUCAGCCUCAAACAGGUCACAUUAGUUUACUCUCUAGUGGAAUGAGCCAAAUUUUAUGUGCAAGACUUCAUCUACAACAAAUAACAUGCAUUUGACUCCUCUAAUGAGCAAUGGCGGCCAGGUUUAGGAUAUAAAUUUUAUGAAAUUAAAAGUAGGUUCUAUCAAAGAAAAUUUGUAUCGGUUUGUGCAUUCUCAGGAUGUAUGGUUGUGUUGAUUGACUUUUUUAAGGAUUGGGUUUGCAGGAGGGAGCAUCCUCUUGAAUUCUAUUUGUAUAUUUUCGGUUACAUUCUUCAUCUAGUUUUAGCAGGCUCGCUUAGGUUAUGAACAAUUGGGGUAUUGUGAUCAUAAAAUAUUAUUAUUGAAUGUGCUAGCUAUGUAUAAGUGCACAUAUAUGACAGUUAACAUUACUACU